GUGACAAAGAUCUCAUUAUUUACAACAUGGACGAACGCGAAACAGAGCUACUAAAUAAGCUUGAGAGCUUGAAGGAAGUACGAUCACGGUCCAUUCAACUCGACAAGGUGAGAUCUAGGUUACGCCAAGAGUUAGAUAUAACAGACAGCGAAGAAAAGAGGCUAGAUGAAUACCGCCAAGAAAUGGAACUGCUACUACAGGAAAAGAUGGCCCAUGUUGAAGAGCUGCGACUUAUACAUGCUGAUAUAAAUUUGAUGGAGACAACGAUCAAGCAGGCUGAGGAGGAGAGGAGCAGGUCCUUGGAAUCUGCGAAGAAACUUUAUGAGGAAUUCCGUCCACUGAAGGGUGAAGUUGACCAGAUGCGGUCAGUGGUUGGCAUGGACAAGUUGCCAGACCUUCAGGACGAGGAUGAGAAACUCACACCUGAGUAUUUUGAGAAGCAGAGCAAGGAUUGGGUAGCAGAGCCACAGCCAGAACCUCAACUUCCUCAAUCUCUUGCCAUCGCAGCAGCUGCAGCUCAACAGAUCCAGGUUCCUCGCAACAAGCCUGCCGAGAGACAGACAUUCAGACAACAGCCUCCACCUAUGAAGGCUUGCUUAUCUUGUCACCAGCAGAUCCACAGGAAUGCACCCAUAUGUCCUUUGUGUAAAGCCAAGAGUAGAUCACGCAAUCCAAAGAAACCCAAACGCAAACUGGAUGAAUGAUAAUGUCAAAAACAAGUUACUGUAAAUAUUGUAUGUUGUGUUGAACUCCAAUCUCCUUAAACUACUUGUUGAAUUCCACUUUCAUUACACGAGGCAUUCAUGAUAGCUCAGAAUUUACAUCAGGAUUCCUGUAACUAUGAAACUGUCACAAACUCAUGUUUCAACAACAUUUUUUCUGAUGUAAAGAGUGUGAUUUGUUUUAUGCAUUUUUAAUUAACAUUUACUUUGGAAACUCGAUUUAGUGAGGCAUGUACCAUUGCCAAAAACUGAUCCUAUCUACUGGGUAUUAUUUAACAACUAAAAUUUUAAAUCAAUUUCAAAAAGAAAAUCAUACAUUGCAGAAUUUUAAAAUUAACAAAAGGAGAGGGUAUGCUGAACUUCACUGAACAUACCAUCAGUAGACAUUGGAUCUCGUUCUCCCUUGUAAAAGAGAAAAAUGCAAUGGGGCCUGACUAGGAUUCAAACCCUGGACCUCUAAUCAUUUGUACUGUUGCUCUAACAAACUGAGCUACCUGGUCUAUAGUAGUACCCUGGCCAACAUGUGCAACAGUUAUAGCCAGAUCGAAAUUAAGGGGAGGUAACUGUAUGUACUUCAGUGGAAUAUUUCAGUGUUUUGUGUGCAGUGGGACAGGGAUCCUCUAAGUAAUGUAAUGGUUUUAGAAGAAUGUAUUUUUACCUUUUUCAUGACAUUAUUUUCUGUUUCAAGUUUACAAUGUUUACUGUGCUAGAUUUACUCAGGUAGAUAUGAAGUUUGUAGUAGGAGUUUUUCAUGUUUGAAGAAAUAUUCCAGCAUUAUUAGUUAUUCCAUAUCUUUAGACCUUUUCCUUACAUUAGUUGUUAUAUACUAUGUUUAGUUCACAUUUCAUCAUUCACGUUUGUUGCGCUCCCACUUCGAAUGAAGUAUGGUGUGUGCAUUGUAUGUCCAUCUGUUCCAGCUCCUUCAAGCACAAUCAUUUAUAUAUGGGUUUUAGACUUAGUAUCUGGGUAUACCAUGAUAAGGUUGAGUUGUGAACCAAAUAGAGACUGAUGUGACCUCUUUUUGAUCUUUGAUUUAGACCAUUACCAAGUUAUAAGUUUCCAGAGCAUAUAUUGGCAACAUCAAUAUGGGGUCAAUGCAAACUUUUUUUUUUCUGGUUUUAAUGUUGAAUAAAACAUGCAGGGUGUUGGGUACGAAAGACGCCCCUAUAUACCAGUUCCCCGUAAGAAUGUGAGAACAUGACACCACCAUUAUUGAACGAGUAACUGUGCAAGUAUGACGAUUAUCAACAAUUGAAGAUAAAGGUUUAGCAGAGCAACAUUUACAUGAGUCAAUUUUGAUUGAGAAAGCAUGGUAAAAACCUGGAACCCAUUCCUGUGCAGGUUACAGGGAGGGAGUGAAAAUAUUUUGUGUUUGGGGGACAGAAAGCACUAGACAUUGUUUGUGUGUGACUACAUGGAUUUGUCUUUACAUUUAAUUUUUAUUAACGAAUGAUAAAAUGCCCAUAUUUUGAGUAUAUGUUGUCAAUCUUAUCUUUCAAUUUGUACCACAUCUGUAUACCUGGUAUGUGUUUUGUGUGUCACAUGUCCUAGCUGUCUUGAUUGUGAUUGUAUAACUUUGAUUGAUGUCACACAUACUGUUAUAUUACAUUAUGUCAUAAAAGACACAACAACACCUCAGCCUCAAGUGUUGUUUAUGAAUCCCAUUUUUUUUUUUUAUAAGAGCAUUCACUAUUGAAACAUGAUGCUACAAGAAUUGACAAAUGAAUCUCAUUACCAGUAAAUGUUGUUCACAUUCCAUUUUGUUGCAAUAGACUAAAUAAUAUUCCAAUGAUUUUGUUUCCAUGGCAACAAACUAUAAUAUAUAUAAUUAUCAUAUUUCUAUACCAAAGAAUGAUGUGAUGUUUUUGGUGCUAUAUUUCUGUCAGUGUCAUACAUAGUGUGUUGUAUCCUAUCAGUGGUGUGCUCUGUCAGUGUCAUACAUAGUGUGUUGUAUUUUGUCAGUAUAGGUAUGCUGUGUCGAGAGGAAUCAAUCUGUUGUGUUGUUACACAUUAUAGUAUCAACAGAUAAGUUUUUUAUACAAAUUAUUAGAAUAGAAUAAAAAUCAAUUGAAACUAA